CUGGGUGUUUAUGCAUGAAAAAGGACAUCAGCUCCGGGACACGGGAAUCGAGUCUGCGGUCAUGACCAAAGUGAAGGGCUUGGGCAAAUUUAACAACCGUGUGAAUGACGUGGCAGACUAUGUAGUUCCCUCGCAGGGUGGUUCCUCCUUCUCUAUCAUCACCAGCAUGGUCAUCACAGCCAAUCAGACUCAAGGACGAUGCCCUGAGACUGAUCAUAAGUUUAAAUGCACUACUGAUGAUGACUGCAUGGCAAAACUGGACUCAAAUUUAGGAAAUGGUAUUAUAACGGGCACAUGCUUGAACGAUACUAGUGGCACAACAGGAUGGUGUGAAAUUCAAGGCUGGUGCCCUGCAGAGGAUGACAACGUUACAGAAAACUCAAUGAAAGAGGUGGAGAACUUCACCAUCUUCAUCAAGAACAGCAUUCGCUUCCCUAAAUUUAACGUCACUAGGUUUGCUAAAUACUAUCAGUCUGAAGAUGGAACUGAGUGUCGAACGCUUCAUAAAGCUAAAGCAAUCCACUUCGAAAUAAUCGUGUCUGGCAAUGUGG